CUUGCACAUUGGGAGAUGCUUACACUCUGAGUGCUGCAAUUAAUCCGUGAACCUGUGACCACCGUUGACACCUAUUUAUUUAGAGGAUCAAGGCGAGACAGAUAGAAGGUCAGAUAACCGCCACCGGGCGUUCCAUGCAUCAAGAGCAGUGUGACUUGCCACUUAGAGAGCUGCUAACAAGACUUCUUUAAUGGGACCCCUUGUGACAUUUGCUUCCAGCCUUCCAGCCAACAGUAUUUCGGCCAUGCCACAAUGGUUAUAAUUUGGAUUUUGCUGCUGAGCAUCUGUGAUCUCGGUCGACAGGUAUCCUGGGCGAAGGCUUUGUCCAGUACCACCAGAGUGCCUUGUGCCAGAGGGAAACUGUGCGACCCCAGGCUAAGGAGAGAUGCUGGUGGCCGCGGUGGGGUCUACGAACAUCUCGGCGGUGCGCCUCGACACCGAAAACUUUAUUGCGCUACUAAGUAUCACCUUCAGAUCCAUCCAAAUGGGAAAAUAAAUGGAACGCUGGAGAAAAACAGCAUCUUUAGUAUUUUAGAAAUAACUGCCGUGGAUGUGGGAAUUGUCGCCAUCAAAGGACUGUUCUCUGGGAGAUACCUGGCUAUGAACAAAAGAGGGAGACUUUAUGCCUCAGAAACCUACAAUGCUGAAUGUGAGUUUGUGGAGAGGAUUCAUGAACUUGGUUAUAAUACCUAUGCAUCCCGUUUACAUAGGACAGUUCCGAAUGGAGCUGGAACAAAACGGAAAGCCAGUGCAGAAAGACUCUGGUACUUAUCCAUCAACGGCAAAGGACGACCUAGGAGAGGCUUUAAGACUCGAAGGACGCAAAAGUCCUCCCUCUUCUUACCAAGAGUACUGGACAACAAAGACCACGACGCAGUGCGGCUUUUUCACACGAACACAAAAUACAGAGAAAGUAUUCAAAAACAGCAGAAAAACAGCGGCAGACAAAAACGGGGACAUAAUGUGAGCAGGGACGUUUUCCAGAUUUAGGAACCUAUGUGGACCCCGUGCCUGCAAAUUUGGACAAGAAACAAACUUAGAUUAUUUGAUGACUGACCUCAAAGUUGGCUACUUAUUCCAAUGGACUUGUUACCCGAUAAUUUAUUCUGGUGUUGGCCAAG